AGUGUUGUGGGGACCAUAGCAGCAACAGUCGCUUUUAUACAAGUACAGUGUAUCGUACGAUCGCCAACACUAGCGGUGCGUGUUCUAUUUACUUGGUUACUCAAGCGCGCGCAUUUCGUUUGGACGGAUUUGAAAUCGAUUGUCGUAAUCAACCUUUGGAAGUCCACACGCUCCCCUCCACUUAAAUACAUAUAUCCGUGUAACUCGAAAACUCGCACAGCUACAAAUCAAGUAUGGAUCGACGAGGAUUAUGUACGGCCUUUGUAAACCCCUUCGGACAACGGCCAUGGAUGGCAAAUACUGGCGCGGCAGCACCUUCAGCGGGUAACAAAGGCUUGAAGGGUAUUGUGGCGGGCGGUAUUACUGGCGGUAUCGAAAUUUGUAUUACAUUUCCCACCGAAUAUGUGAAGACACAGUUGCAGUUGGACGAAAAGGGUGCCAAUAAAAAGUACAAUGGUAUUGCCGACUGUGUCAAGAAGACUAUUAAAUCCAACGGUUUCUUUGGUUUGUAUCGUGGCUUAAGUGUGCUGAUCUAUGGCAGUAUACCCAAAUCUGCAGCACGUUUUGGCGCAUUUGAGUUCUUGCGCAGCAACAUGGCCGAUUCCAAUAAUCAGUUGAGUAAUUCCGGCAAACUCUUAUGUGGUCUUGGUGCGGGCGUGUGUGAAGCCAUUUUAGCUGUCACACCCAUGGAGACCAUCAAAGUGAAAUUCAUCAACGAUCAGCGCUGCGCAAAUCCACAGUACCGCGGUUUCUUCCACGGCGUCAGCACAAUUGUGAAGCAUGAGGGUCUGGGUGGUAUAUACAAGGGUCUGACACCCACCAUACUUAAACAGGGCUCGAAUCAGGCGAUACGUUUCUUCGUGAUGGAAUCACUGAAGGAUCUCUAUAAGCGCGGCGAUCACGAAAAGACUGUGCCCAAGCUGGUAGUGGGCGCUUUCGGUGCGGUCGCUGGUGCCGCCUCGGUGUUUGGCAACACACCACUCGAUGUGGUGAAGACACGCAUGCAGGGUCUAGAAGCGUCUAAGUACAAAAAUACUGCUGAUUGUGCGCUGCAAAUUUUGAGAAAUGAGGGCGUAACUGCGUUCUACAAGGGUACCGUGCCACGUUUGGGACGUGUCUGCUUGGAUGUGGCCAUUACAUUCAUGAUUUACGAUUCAUUCAUGGAUCUGUUCAACCAGGUUUGGAAAUAAUAGACAACGAAAUGUGACCAGCAUUAGCGACUUAACGAAAAUAUAUACAUAUGAAAGUUGUUGUAAAAUAAUUUAGAAAAUUAGACCAAGUCCACAUGUACGAUCACGUGUUGUUGUGCUCACACAUACACAUAUACCACGGACAUAUAUGAUGAUACAACUGUAAAUUAGCUAGAGUGUAGAGUAGAAUUAAAUGAAUGGAAGUUACACGCAUACAUACUUACAUAUGUAUACAAAGACGUGAAGGAGAACUACACAGCAAUUAUUACAACUAACGGGUUCGUACAACAAAUUAAAUGGGCAAAAUUAACGUAUAGAUUUUCAUCAUUAAGCGAAUAUAAAGAAUUUACAACGCAAGCCAAUUUACAUAUGUGGCAUUGUGGUGGACAACUGGAGGAAUAUGCAUUUUAAUAAUUAAUUUAGUUGAAAAAUUGAAUAGCUGUGACUUUAUGCCCUUCGACCGUUGAUUCACAUAUAUACAUACGUACAUAUGUACAUAUUUAUAUUAAGAGAAGCAUGUCAACACCCGUAUUUGGUCACUUGAAACAUUCUAGCGAUUUUUUAGAAAUCUAUAUGUGUAUAGCUAUUAGUACACAGAUUCAUGCAUUUGUAUAUUACAAUUAUUUUUAUGGUGUAAUUUGAUUUGAAGCUGCAUUUACUUAAAAAUUUGUAAAAUAAAUGACACAAAACUAUGUAUGUUAAUUGUAAAUUAAAAGAAGAAGAAAACAGUAAAA